CAUCUAGGUAGUUUGUUUCGUUGGAGCCAACGAUACAAGUUUGUUUUUAUCUAAAUAUCUUUAUAAAGUUAUUAAUUUAUUUAAAUCAAUGAUAUGGCUGGGGAAAAGAAAGGAAAAGUUGGAACAAAAGGAGCCAAACAAAUUAUUGAGGAAAACCUUGGCACCCUCAAAUUUUAUCGAAACAUGUCGCUAGGAGCUUGCAUUGCUUUUUUUGUUAUAACUUUCUUAAUUAAGUCAUUUACUGGAACAAUCAUAACAAUGACUAUUAUUACAUUUAUUAUUCAAUUCGGUUCUUAUUAUUUUAUGAGAAUGAUGAGUCGCCCACAAUAUACAGACACAGGGUCAAUUCUGGAUUCUGGAACUGACUUAAAUCUUGAAGGCGGAGUAGCUGAACAUAUAAAAGACAUCAUCAUCCUUACAUCUGGGACACAAAUUUUAUCACUACUUUCCAACUGGUUUUGGCUGCUACUUCUUUUCGGACCAAUAAGAGCGGUGUACAUGCUUUGGGGAUCAGUGAUUCAACCUUGGCUAUCACAAAAGGGUGAAGAAGGACAAAAUAGUGUAGCAAAUGACAAAAAACAGAAAAAAAUGGAGCGACGCAUGAAGCGUAAAUAUAGAAAAUUUGAAUUUAAAUUUGAGGAAGAUGAGAACCAACAAAUUCACUGCAUCAAUCAUUCAACUGUCGAGUUAUCGGCAACUUUUGAAACAUUACCUGAAAAAUUUGAUACAAUAACAAUCGAUUGGGCUCGUGACGGGCAGUCAAUUACAAAUUCUGAAAAAUUUAAAAUUACUAAAACUAAGAAUGCUAUUCAAUUGGCAAUUCAGCACGUUCAGCGUGAAGAUGCAGGGCAUUACACAUUAUUCGCAAAAUCUGACACUGGAGAAACUGCGAAGAAGGAAAUCGAAUUGUUGGUUGAAGAUCGAUCUUUUGGAGAUAAUCCACCAACUUUCAUAAGACGAUUAAAUGACCUUGCAGUAAAAGUAGGAACAAGAACACGUCUGUUAGUAGAAAUUAGAAGCACGACAGACGUUAGAGUCACAUGGUACAGAAACGAUCGUCGAAUUUGUGAAAAUGACAGAAUCAAUUUCGUUAAUGAAGGAUCAUUUUUCUGUCUUGAAAUCUCAUCAAUUACUCUUGAUGAUGGUGGAAGAUGGAUGUGUAUGGCUGAAAAUCAAAGUGGACGUAAUUCUUGUUUGGCAACUUUAAAUGUUUUAGGUACCUUGAAACAUAGACUAACAAACAUUUCAAUAAUUUAUCUCAUAUUUUCUUCAAUAUUAUUUUUAGUACCGAAAGCAUACAAAAUCCCAGAGUUUGUAGAAGAACUUCGCGCUAUUUUAACAGAACAAGGAACAGUUUCUUUAGAAUGCAAAGUUAUCGGCGUGCCAACCCCUCUUUUAAGAUGGUUUAAAGAUUCAAAAGAAAUUAAGGCCGGUGAUGUUUUUGCAUUAACUGCUAAUAUAGACGACCCGACUUCUCUUGGAACAUAUACAUGUGAAGCAGUGAACUGCAUGGGACGAACAUAUUCUAGUUCAAAGCUUCAUAUAUCAGGUAAAACUAGCCGUGAGAGUUCAAUGCAACCUGGAAAACCACUCGGCCCACCUCCUGUUUUCACAAAUGAACUAAAGAAUGUCCAAGCAAAAAUUGGAGAUAUGCUUUCAAUAGGAUGUCAAAUAAUGAUCCCACCAUGGCCAAAAGCUAUUCUAUGGUACAACAAAGAUGGAAAAGUUGAGCUUAAUGAUAAAUAUAAAAUUAUUGAAGAUGGUUUAGGAUCAUACACGCUUGAAAUCAAAAAUGCUGAGUUUUGUGAUGAAGGUGAAUGGAAAUGUGCAGUGACAAGCAAUGAAGGAAUUAUUUCGAUGUCGACCUGCAUGGUGAAUAUGGAAAUACCAAAGAAUUAUAGAAAGCCUCGAUUUAUGGAGAAUUUAAAAGCCAUUUUAACUGAUGAGGGCUUAGUGUCAUUCGAAUGUAAAGUUGUCGGAUUUCCAACACCACUUUUAAGAUGGUUUAAAGACGGACAUGAGUUAAAACCUGGCGAUGUUUACCAACUCACUGGAUCAAAUUCUUUAGGAUCGUACAGUUGUAUAGCAAAAAAUUGUAUGGGUGAAGCAAGCAGUUCGGCAGUUUUAACAUUAGAAGAUAUUCAGAGUCAGCUUAAUGAAAAUGAAAAGAUUGAAUUAUUACAAAAGAAUCAACCACCGAAAUUUAUUAAAGGACUUUCAAGCACAGAAACCAAAAUAAAUGAACCAUAUAAAUUUACAAUACAAGUGAAGACGCCAAAUAAUGCCGUGUUUUCAUGGUGUCGUGAUGAUUAUCCCAUCAACUCUUCCUCUGAUCAUUAUGAAGUUGUAACUGAAUCAAAAAAUGGAAUUUGCAAUCUACUCAUAAAAUGUGUGGAAUUUUCGGAUCAAGGUGAAUGGAAAUGUGUAGCAACAAAUGAAUAUGGUCAUUCAACAUCAACAUGUUUUUUGAAGCUACAAAUUCCGAGGCAUUUUAAGAAACCCAGAUUUUUGGAAUGUUUAAGGGCUGUUCUCACUGAAGAAGGUGCCGUGAAUUUGGAAUGUAAAGUUAUUGGAGUUCCACAGCCAGUUCUUAAAUGGUUUAAGGAUGGAGUCGAGUUGAAGCCUGGUGACAUUCAUAGAAUCAUAUCAGGUCAAGAUGGUGCUUGUAGUCUUGGAACGUACACAUGUGAAGCAAAAAAUUGUAUGGGAAUUGUUACAUCAUCGGCAACUUUACUAGGAUACGAUGAAGGGUAUAAAAAUGUACCGAAAAAUGAACCAUUAAAUGUUUUGCAAAGAAAUUUAUCAUUAUCAACAAUUCAUGAAGAGAGAACUUCACAACUUUAUGACACACCAAUGGGUGACAUUACUGUCGAUGAGAAAGCUGAUGUUUCAUUUUCUUUUGAUGGAAAAGAAGUUUCAGUUUCUCUUUACGAAACACCUGAUUUAACUGAAGAGGAAGCUUUACAAAUCAUUGAAAUGUAUGCUGAUCAAAUAUCCGAACAUGUAACUGAACAAAAUGUUGUUGAACUUCCACCAUUGAGAUUUGUUAAGGAAACAACAACAUCAGGAAAUAUGUUAAUGGAAGCAGUUGUAAUUGACGUGUCACCUGAUUAUUUCCCUCCAGAUGACGAUAUGCGUACCGAAGCAGAUUUAGAAGAAAUUUCAGUAAUUGAUCCCGUGUCGCAAAUAUUUGACGAGUCGCAAUCAAUUCCAUCAGCAUCUAAAAGAAAACAAAAAGAUGAAUCACUCAAGAGUGGUGAGGUUGAAGAAUUCUUCAGUCUAUCACAGUCUAAACAAACUAAACCGUUAUCGAUCUUGGAUAAUUAUGUAGUGGCUGAAGCUGAAAGUGAAGGUGAUGUAACAGAAACAGAUUUGCAGACAUUUGAGAGUGCAAAAAGCUUUGAGAAAGUUGAGAUGGAGGUGCAGAAAAAUUUGGUUAAAACAGAUGAUUCUCUUAAGCAAGAUGAAUAUCCUAAAUCACCAAAAAGAAAAAAAUCAAGCCCAGAAAGUAGUUUAAAAACUAAAGAUGAUGAAUCUAUUUAUCUUCAAGAUUUAUCAGGUGAACAAGGAGAUGGCUUGAAAGUUCCACCUAAAAAGAAAAAAGAUUCAAAAAUGAUUGCUAAUAAUAAAAUAAUAAUUGAAACUAUUCUACGAGAUGUUACUUCGACAAAAGCACAUUUGAAAGCAGUACAAAAUGAAGUUGUAGCUCAAUCGAAUCUGAUGAUGAUACCUGCAUCUGUAGAAAGCAGCAUUGAAAUUAUAAGAAAUGUUUAUGAUCCAUUAAUGGAAAUCGAGAAGAAAUCCAAGAACUACAAUGGAGAAGCUAAUAUUGAAACACUUUAUAAAGAAUUAUUGUUUGACAUGAGAAAUCUUAAUAACGCUUUAAAUGUUAUAGAAAAAUGUGUUGAAAUGGAUGCGCAAGGUAGAACACUCGUUCAACGAACAAGCGUUUGUGUUAUUGAAAGUGCAGGAACUCAAAUUUUAACUUUGUUUGAAGACAUGAAGCAAAUUUAUCUCAAGAAUGUCGAAGGAAAACUUCAAGAUGAGGCUUUGUUGAUAAUUAAUGAGAUGAAGACUGGAAUAAAUAUAACAGAAGACACGAUAAAAUCUCAAAUAUUGAUGCAAGAAGCUUCAGCUAUCGAAGCAUCUAAGAGAGUUGAAGCUUCAAUUGCUCAGAUUCAACUUCCUGACUCUGUUCCUUUGGAAACAAUGUUCUUCUCAGAACUUCCUAAAGAAGCUCAAUCGUUUAAAAUGUUAUGCAAGCUUGUCAUUCAAUUUCAAAAUAUCGUCGAACAAAGUUAUAACUCGGGAGAGAUAAAUGAAGUUGUUCUCAGUGAUAUUAAAACAGUCAUCAAUGAAAUGCAUAACAUAAUGGGGAAUGUUGAAAAUAAAAUAAAAGUUGUUAAUACCAAAGAUUCACUUGAAAAUAAAAUCGCUAUUAAAUUAUUUGAUACAGUAUCACCGCCACUUUAUGAGAUUAACAACUCUCUCCAUAAAAUUAGACAAGAAGUUUCAAGUGGCUACAAUAACACAUUUGUACUUGAUAAAAUAAUUUUGCCACUUCAAGAAAUUCAAAAUGGUUUAGCAUCAAUGGGCAAUGAAAUUGAUACUGAUUAUAAUAGACAGGAAUCACCAGUUGAAACAGAAGACAAUCAAAAGCUUAUACAAAAUAUGAAACAAAAUAUUAUUUACCUUGGAAGCAAUAUUGAAAAUAUUAAAUCAGCAGCAGACUCAUCAGCUUACAACUGUUUUAUGGACGUCAAAGAAACUAUUUCUAAAAUCAUAAAUAAAGUUACUGAAGGUUCUAUUCCAAAGGGAUCAAUUCAAAUUAUUACGAUUUUCAAAACCCCUAUUGAGGAAUUGAAUUAUUGCUUCCGUCACAUGGAAGAAAAAUCCACAACAGGAAGUUUAAAAGAUUUAUUAGAACCUUUAAGCAUUUUGAGAGAGAAGGUUGAGGAAAUACCAAGCUUCUCAAAUUUGACAGAUUCUUCAUGUAUUAAUGAUGAAUUGUUAGAACUUAUGACACAAAUUGGAAGAUGUGAAUCUGCAAUAGCAACUUAUAAUUCUGGUCAACAAUCUCUUAAUAACUCGGAAAAGCUUCUAAAGCUUUGCAAUCCAAUCAAAGAGUUACAUCAUGAUUUGAACAUUUCUAUGAAGGCUGAUCAAUUACUUCUUGAUUCCAUUGACGAGUUUUCUAAAAACGAAGCGAAAUCGAGGUUUGCCAAUAUUUUGAUAGAAUUCAAAAAUCAAAUUGCAAAAAUUCAACAUGAAGUUUUCGCUGUUGAUGAAAUAAGUGAUGUUAUUGCUUAUGAGAAAUUUGAUGUUUUGUAUGCCAAAUCGUUAAAACAUCUCCAAGAAACAAUUGAAGAAACAUUGCAUCAAAUCAUAGAACCUAAAGAAAGAACAGUCGAGACUGAUGAAAAGUCUAAUCUUAUAGAAAUUGAAAAUGUGCAUAAAUUGAGUAGAGUAUUAAAUGUUCCAGACACUCCAGAAGUGAUCACAGAAUUUCUUAAUGAAGAGAAAGCAACACAAAAUAAAUAUUUCGAAAGUGAAAAGAUAUCAGAAGAAAUGGUUGAAGAAAAACAUAUUGAGAAUGUCAACGAAACAAACGGAGAAAAGAAUGACCAAGUAACGGAGACUUCAUCAAACGAAACUGAUACUCCCAAGAAAAAAAUCAAGACCGAAAUAAGUGUUAUUUUACUAUCGAUGAAAAAUAUUACGAAAAUGCCACAGGAAGUUCAAGCAACAGAAAAAAUUCUCUCAAAUAUUCUUGAAAAUAUAUCCGAUUUGGAUUCAGAUGAAAAACAAUUGCAAGAUGUUGUGACAUCAGUUGCAAAAGCAGAAGCUUCACUGAUGGCUAGAAGAACAAGCGAAAUGAUUCUUAUCAAAAAUAAUUUUAGUUCUCUCAAGGAAUCAUUGGUUAUCCUUCAAUCGAAUGCCAAAGCUCAAACACCUGUUGAACAACAAGUCGAGCAAUCACAAGUUGCGACGAUAGACGAAGUCAAAACUGAUGAUGUUUCGAAAAUUGUAGCAGUGACUGAUGAGAAAGAACAGAAGGCUUCAGAUGCAGAAGAAGUUCAAGAAGUAAUCAUAUCCAAGGACGAAGAGAUUGUUGAAGUCACUGUUGAGAAGGAACAGAAAGCUCCAGAUUCCGAUAAAGUUUCAAAGCAAGAAGAAAUUCAAGAACCAGCUGAAUCAUUGGUUAUCCUUCAAUCGAAUGCCAAAGCUCAAACACCUGUUGAACAAGUCGAGCAAUCACAAGUUGCGACGAUAGACGAAGUCAAAUCUGAUAAAGUUUUGAAAAUUGUAGAGGUGACUGACGAAAAAGAACAGAAGGUUCCAGAUGCAGAAGAAGUUCCGAAACAUGAAGAAGUUCAAGAAGCAAUCAUAUCCAAGGACGAAAAGAUUGUUGAAGUCACUGUUGAGAAGGAACAGAAAGCUCCAGAUUCCGACAAAGUUUCAAAGCAAGAAGAAAUUCAAGAACCCGCUAUUUCCAAGGAUGAUAAGCCUUCAGAAGAACAACCACAGCCAUCGACAGUUUCUGAGGUUGAACCAAAAUCUGAAGCCUCUGUAAAAGUAUCCGAAGUUAAUGAAGUAACAGUUGAAAUGAAUGUUACAUUAAAGAAAGCUAAAGAUGAUAUCGAAACCACAAUGAAAUCAAUGAAGAAUGUCAGAAGACUUCCCUCUGAAGUUCAAGCUAUUGAAGAAGUUCUUGCAAACACUUUCGAAAAUAUUUCUGAUUUGGCUUCAAAUGAGAAACAGUUGCAAGAUGUUGUGACAUCAGUUGCAAAAGCAGAAGCUUCAUUGAUGGCAAGAAGGACAAGUGAAAUGGUUCUUAUCAAGAAUAAUUUGAGUUCUCUCAAGGAAUCAUUGGUUAUCCUUCAAUCGAAUGCCAAAGCUCAAACACCUGUUGAACAAGUCGAGCAAUCACAAGUUGCGACGAUAGACGAAGUCAAAUCUGAUAAAGUUUUGAAAAUUGUAGAGGUGAAUGACGAAAAAGAACAGAAGGUUCCAGAUGCAGAAGAAGUUCAAGAAGUAAUCAUAUCCAAGGACGAAAAGAUUGUUGAAGUCACUGUUGAGAAGGAACAGAAAGCUCCAGAUUCCGACAAAGUUUCAAAGCAAGAAGAAAUUCAAGAACCAGCUGUUCCCAAGGAUGAUAAGCCUUCAGAAGAACAACCACAGCCAUCGACAGUUUCUGAGGUUGAACCAAAGUCUGAAGCCUCUGUAAAAGUAUCCGAAGUUAAUGAAGUAACAGUUGAAAUGAAUGUUACAUUAAAGAAAGCUAAAGAUGAUAUCGAAACCACAAUGAAAUCAAUGAAGAAUGUCAGAAGACUUCCCUUUGAAGUUCAAGCUAUUGAAGAAUUUCUUGCAAACACUGUCGAAAAUAUUUCUGAUUUGGUUUCAAAUGAGAAACAGUUGCAAGAUGUUGUGACAUCAGUUGCAAAAGCAGAAGCUUCAUUGAUGGCUAGAAGAACAAGUGAAAUGAUUCUUAUCAAGAAUAAUUUGAGUUCUCUCAAGGAAUCAUUGGUUAUCCUUCAAUCGAAUGCCAAAGCUCAAACACCUGUUGAACAACAAGUCGAGCAAUCACAAGUUGCGACGAUAGACGAAGUCAAACCUGAUGAAGUUUUGAAGAUUGUAGAGGUGACUGACGAGAAAGAACAGAAAGUUCCAGAUGCAGAAGAAGUUCCGAAACAUGAAGAAGUUCAAGAAGCAAUCAUAUCCAUGGAGGAAAAGAUUGUUGAAGUCACUGUUGGGAAGGAACAGAAAGCUCCAGAUUCCGAUAAAGUUUCAAAGAAAGAAGAAAUUCAAGAACCGGCUGUCACCUGGGAUGAUAAGCCUUCAGAAGAACAACCGCAGCCAUUGACAGCUUCUGAGGUUGAACCAAAGUCUGACGCCUCUGUAAAAGUAUCUGAAGUUAAUGAAGUAACAGUUGAAAUGAAUGUUACAUUAAAGAAAGCUAAAGAUGAUAUCGAAACCACAAUGAAAUCAAUGAAGAAUGUCAGAAGACUUCCCUCUGAAGUUCAAGCUAUUGAAGAAGUUCUUGCAAACACUUUCGAAAAUAUUUCUGAUUUGGCUUCAAAUGAGAAACAGUUGCAAGAUGUUGUGACAUCAGUUGCAAAAGCAGAAGCUUCAUUGAUGGCAAGAAGGACAAGUGAAAUGGUUCUCAUCAAGAAUAAUUUGAGUUCUCUCAAGAAAUCAUUGGUUAUCCUACAAUCGAAUGCCAAAGCUCAAACACCUGUUGAACAACAAGUCGAGCAAUCACAAGUUGCGACAAUAGAUGAAGUCAAACCUGAUGAAGUUUUGAAGAUUGUAGAAUUGACUGACGAGAAAGAACAGAAGGCUUCAGAUGCAGAAGAAGUUCAAGAAGCAAUUAUAACCAAGGACGAAAAGAUUGUUGAAGUCACUGUUGAGAAGAAACAGAAAGCUCCAGAUUCCGACAAAGUUUCAAAGCAAGAAGAAAUUCAAGAACCCGCUAUUUCCAAGGAUGAUAAGCCUUCAGAAGAACAACCACAGCCAUCGACAGUUUCUGAGGUUGAACAAAAAUCUGAAGCCUCUGUAAAAGUAUCCGAAGUUAAUGAAGUAACAGUUGAAAUGAAUGUUACAUUAAAGAAAGCUAAAGAUGAUAUCGAAACCACAAUGAAAUCAAUGAAGAAUGUCAGAAGACUUCCCUCUGAAGUUCAAGCUAUUGAAGAAGUUCUUGCAAACACUUUCGAAAAUAUUUCUGAUUUGGCUUCAAAUGAGAAACAGUUGCAAGAUGUUGUGACAUCAGUUGCAAAAGCAGAAGCUUCAAUGAUGGCAAGAAGGACAAGUGAAAUGGUUCUUAUCAAGAAUAAUUUGAGUUCUCUCAAGGAAUCAUUGGUUAUCCUUCAAUCGAAUGACAAAGCUCAAACACGUGUUGAACAACAAGUUGAGCAAUCACAAGUUCCAAAGAUAGACGAAGUCAAACCUGAUGAAAUCUUGAAGAUUUUAGAAGUCACUGGCGAAAAAGAACAGAAGGCUUUAGAUGCAGAAGUUCCAAAACAAAACGAAAUUCAAGAAGCAAUCAUAUCCAAGGACGAAAAUAUUGUUGAUGUUGCUUCUGGAAAGAAUCAGAAAGUUUCAGAAACGGAGAAAGAAUUACCUUCAGCAGUUUCUGAUGUUCAACCAAAGUCUGAAGAUGCUGCAAAAAUACCUGAAACAAAUACUGACAUUGGUAAUGCUUUGAAGAAAGCUAAGAAUGAAAUUGAAAGCACAAUGAAAUCAGUGAAGGAUGUUAAAAGACUUCCCUCUGAAGUUAAAGCCACAGAACAGAUUCUUUCUGAUGUUCUGGAACACAUUUCUGAUUUAGUUUCAGAUAAGAAAAAAUUGCAAGAUGUUCUUGUAUCUGUUGAAAAAGCUGAAGUUUCGAUGGCAGUCAAGAAAACCACUCCAAUGAUUCUCAUCAAAAAUAAUUUGAGUUCUCUCAAAGAGUCAUUGGUUAUCCUUCAAUCGAACGUCCAAACGCAAGCACCUGUUGAGCAGCAAGUCGAGCAAUCACAAGUUUCAAAGAUAGACGAUGUCAAACCAGAUGAAGUUUCGAAGAUCGUAGAAGACACUGCUGAAAAGGAUCAGAAAGUUCCAGAAAAAGAAAAAGAAUUACCUUCAGCAGUUUCUGAUGUUCAACCAAAGUCUGAAGAUGCUGCAAAAAUACCUGAAGUUACUGAAACAAAUACUGACAUUGGUAAUGCUUUGAAGAAAGCUAAGAAUGAAAUUGAAAGCACAAUGAAAUCAGUGAAGGAUGUUAAAAGACUUCCCUCUGAAGUUCAAGCCACAGAACUGAUUCUUUCUAAUGUUCUGGAACACAUUUCUGAUUUAGUUUCAGAUACGAAAAAGUUGCAAGAUGUUCUUGUAGCUGUUGAAAAAGCUGAAGUUUCGAUGGCAGUCAAGAAAACCACUCCAAUGAUUCUCAUCAAAAAUAAUUUGAGUUCUCUCAAAGAGUCAUUGGUUAUCCUUCAAUCGAAUGUCCAAGCGCAAGCACUUGUUGAACAACCAGUCGAAGAAUCACAAAUUGCAGAGAUAGAGAAAGUCGUUUCUGAAAAGGAGCAGAAGACACCAGAUGAAGACAAAGUUUUGAAUCAAGAAGACAAUCAAGAAAAGAUCCUUUGUAAGGUUGAAAAGCUUUCACAAGCAAAGGAAUUGCAAUUGCAAGAUUCUGGUGUUCGGCUUGAAUCUUCAGCUUUAAUAUCAAAUGAAGAUUUGAAAUUAUUUGCUAAAUCAGGAGAACAAGUUCUGAAUCAUGAUCAAACUAAGAUACAAGAUGAUCCAAUAAAGAACGAUCGCACUAAGCAACAUGUUGAUCCUUUGAUUUCCAAUUCCAUCAGGAAGGAGAUUUCUUCCUAUGAAUUUUCUAAUUCAGAUUCACAGCGUCAUUCCCGAAGAGAAUUGAAAAUUAUGCCUACUUUUAUUGCACGUUUGAGAAAUAGAUCAGCUGCUGCAAACUCUAUAAUAAAAUUGACGUGCGCAGUUUCUGAUCCCGAAUGUUCUACAUGUUGGUCAAAGGAUGAUGUAAAAAUUUCCAAUUCAAACAAGUAUUCAAUUGAAAAUACUAAUGGUGUACUCUCAUUGGAAAUAAAAAAUGCUACAACUCAAGAUGCUGGAAAUUAUUCUUGUGUGGUGUCAAACAAUUAUGGAGAAGUUGAAACUACUUCUUCGCUUGCAAUUUAUAGUGAAGAUGUAGUUCACUCAUCGCCUGUGUUUACGAAAAAUCUAAAAGAACCAGUUGUCACUGUUCCGGACACUUUGGCUGUACCAGCAGAACCAAAAAUUAAUCGCUAUUUCAAACGCGAGAAAUCACCAUUUGAGGUAGGAGAUAAAAAAGAAUUGCAGGUAGCGUCAUCACAUGCCAUCAUCGACAAGGCAUGUGUGAUGGAUAUUUCUGGUGGUGCUGCAGGGGUUGCUGGAAAAAUGGAUGAGUAUAUCAAUUUGUUGUUCACCGAUUAUUGCUCCCUCGACAAAGCAAGUUGUGCUGAUAUUAGCGAAGUGAAAAUUGUUAUUAUCGAAGAGGAAGAAACAGAACCUGUUGUUAUCGUUCCGGAACGUUCAAUUGAAGAACAAGAUGCUUCUUUGAAGGCGGAAAAAGCAAAUGCUGAGAGAAAAGCCGAAGAAGCUCGUAUUCAGGCAGAGACUGAAGAGCAAGAACGAAUUGCACGAGAAGAAACUGAAAAAAUCGCUAAAGAAGAAGCAGAAAAAGCUGCAGCCGAAGAAGCUGAAAAAAAGCGUCUUGAAGAAGAGGAAAAAGCAAGAAUCGCUGCGGAGAAAGAAAAAGAAAGAUUAAAAGCGGAAGCAGAAGCUAAACAAAAAGCUGAAGCAGAAGAAAAGGCCCGAAUAGCUGCAGAAGAAGAAGAACGAAGAAUAGCCGAAGAAGAGAAAGCACGAAAAGAAGCCGAAAUAGCUAAUUACGACUCCGAUAGAGAUUUAAUUCCCCCAAAAGAAGAGCCAGGUAUUGAUUGGGAAGCCGUUGAAGAGGAAGAACCUGCAAUUCCGGCGGUCUUGCAAGAACUUCUUCUAGAACGUUCAGUUGCUGCUGAAACUGAAACAGAAAGUGAAAGUGAAAUGACAGAAAAAGAUCGCGAUUUAGAAUGGCAACGUCAACGUCAGAUGAUGAGACCACCUUUGGUGAUUACUCAUUUAAAAUCGCGUGCAGUUGCUACAUGUACAACAGCUAAAUUAACUUGCAAUGUCACCGGGCCAGGAAUUUUGGUUCGAUGGUUGAAAAACGGUGCUCCCAUUGAAAUCAAUCCUAAUAAGUACAAGUUUUUUAAUAGGGAGGGUUUGUUAAGUUUGGAAAUUUCAAACGUCGAUAAAUCUGACAAUGCAGAAUAUACAUGCUUCGUAAAAAAUAAGAACGGUGAAACAUCAACUGUAGCUAGUUUAACAGUUUAUGAUAAUUUAGAUCUUGACCGUCCAAUUCCUCCGACCUUCAUCACAAUUAAAGCUCAAAAGUCGCUUGACGAAGAGAAACCAGUAGAGGAAGAAAAAGUCGAACUUGAUAAAUGGGGAGAUCCAAUUAAAAAAAGCAAGAGGAAGGUACGUCCAUUAUCAUUAUGGGCUCAAAGGGAAAAACUAGAAUUCACUGUUCAUUUGCACAAAAUGACAGUAAUCGAAGAUAAAAAUGCUCGAUUUAUCUGUGGUGUCAGUGGUGGAGGCAAACUAGAAAUCCUUUGGUAUAAAAAUGGAAAGAAGAUAAGAUUCGAAAGAACACCACGAAUAUUAGAUUAUUCGAAAGACUCAACAGGCUGUAUAGGUAUUGAAUGUACGCAGCCAAGUGAUGCUGGAAUAUAUUCAUGCACUUUCACCGACAUCGAUAAAAAUGAAUCUUUAUCAACAUCAUGUGAACUGAUUGUUGUCCCAAGAAUUCAUAAAACUAAAGAGUUGGCUCAAAAAGUUCCCCCAACCUUCGUUCGUAAACUUCAAUACACACACAAAUUGGAAGAAAAUCAAUUGAUUGUUCAUUGCAAAAUAUUUGGCAACCCUGAGCCAACAAUCAAGUGGUUUAAGGAUAAAAUUCCACUAAACAUGUUUUCAAUUCCUCGCUAUACAAUUUACAAUCAUCCUGAUGACUUGCAUGAACAUACAAUUGCAUCUUUGAUUGUAGAGUCACCGUCGUAUUUAGAUAAUGGAGAUUACAUAAUUGAGAUUGAAAAUGAAAUGGGAGUUGAAAAACGUGUAUUAAAUGUGCAAUUUCAAACGGAAGAAGAAUAUAACAAUCUUUAUUUUCAAAAAUAUUUGGAACACAAAGAAAAUCUUAAGUAUCAUCAAUAUCAACCAGGAGAAACACGUUGGGAAGACGUUGUUCCGGAAGUUAAAGAAUUUGUUUUCUGGGAACCAGAAGAAGAAAAGGAAAAUAAUAAAAAUAAUAAGAAGAAACGUAAGAAAAAGCGUAAAAUAUUGAAAACUAUUGUAACUCCUUGGGGUGAUGAGAAACAAGUCGAAGUGACUGAUGAAGAAGACAGCGGAGAAUCUAUUUAUGACAGCGAAGAUGAAAAACAAGAAAAAAAAUCAGAAACACCUGAAGAUGAAGGAGACAAUGGUUGGAAUGUUGAAGGAGAAGUUGCUUUGAGCGAAGAAGAAGGCGAUGCGAAUAAAUCAGAAUCAAAGGUCGACGAAUUAAUGGAUCAAGAACAAUCUCAAAUUGUUGAAACAUCAGAAGAUAAAGAAUCAAAUACUGAACCACAGAUUACUGACGAAAAUAAAGUGUCUGGAGAGGUUGAGAAAGACCUUGAACAUUCUGAAGAAAUUGAAACUGAAAACGUUUUCAAUGAUAAUAAAGUGCUAGAAAUUCAACAAGAUUUUGAAGCCCUUCAGCUAGAAGAAGACAAUAAAACCAAUGAAAGAAAAUCUCAAGAGGUCGAAGAACUUGAAAAUUAUAUUUCAACAAGGAAAACAGUUCAAGAAGAACAUCCCAUAAUUUUACGUAGACCUAAAUUUUACAUCACCGACUUCCAACUAAGGAAGAAAUUUUAUUUUGUAAACAAAUUGAUUGACGUUGAACUUCUCAAAGGCAAAACAUUGACAAUGCAAAGUUUAAGUUCUUCAAUUGGCCCAGUUACAUGUGAAUGGCGUCAUAAUGGUCGCUUAAUUAAAGCUCCAACAGCACGAAAAACGAUUGAAUUUUAUCCCAGAAAGAAUUUAACUAUUUUGGAAAUAGAAAACACUCGUGUCUUAGACAGUGGAACAUACACAGUAACAGUUUACAACGACUAUACUGAGCCUUUGAUAGAUUCUUGUAAAGUCAUGAUUACGGUUCCUAAGCCAAAAGAAACUGCCGACCAACCGCCAACUUUCACAAGAUUACUCACAGAUAAAUAUAUUGAAAGGACCGACGAACUUAUACUUGACUGUCAUGUUCGUGGAAAUCCCAAGCCAACAAUUCAAUGGUUUAAAAAUAAUUUAGAGAUAUUACCUGAUCGAAAUGAACGUUAUCGUGUCGUAUAUGACGAUGAAGGUACUUGUACUUUGACAAUUUCGAACCCUAUCAAACAUGCAGACAGAGGUCGGUAUGAAGUAAAAGCGAAAAAUUGUAUGGGAGAAGACGCAUGUUAUUUGCGAGUCUGGUUUCGAGGUAAAGAUGACGGCGACGAUAAAGCUGAAAAAGCUGAGUAUCGAAGAACUCAAAAAAUGUUUAAAAGUCGUCAUGUUAAGCCCAAAGAUGAAGACGAAUGGCAACAAGAGUUGUAUCAUUCGAAACGAUUGGAUAAGCAAAAGGAAUACGACCAUCGAUACAAGUUAAGUUGGCUGACUCAUCCUUAUCCCCAAACUCUUGCACAAGGCUCUACUUUGAAAUUUACAGCUUUUGUCGAUGGAAAAUAUCCGCAAUUUGAUUGGUAUUACAAUGAUAUCCCACUUAUUCAUGGUCGUAAAUACCGUCAAAUUGUUACGAAGAACGGUAAAGGUUCUCUCAUUAUUAAUAAUGUUCAACCAAGCGAUUCAGGGCUUUACAAGCUCAUAGUGAAAAAUUAUGCAAAUAGCAUUGAAUCUGAAGCGAAAGUAACAGUUUAUGCAUAUGAACACAAAAACUUUGAACCUCCUUUGUUCACAAAUACGUUAUCAGAUUCAUACGACACUGUAACUAACCAGCUUGUUAUUGAAUGUAAUAUCAACCCUUCAUUAGACUUCAAAAAGCAUAGAUUCAAAUGGUAUAAAGAUGAUUCUGAAAUUCGAACAUCGUUCAUUCCAUCUGAAGGCAUGCUAACGACCUACGAACAAAACUUCGAUGAUAAUACCGGAAAACUGAUGCUUAUUAUUACUUAUCCCAUGAAUAUUGAUUGUGGGUUGUAUCGAUGCUGCAUUUUAGACAAUAAUCUUAAAAAAGUUGAUGAGAUAUCACAUUUGGUCUAUAAAAUUUUCAAUCCACCUCCACAUUUACCGGCUGAAAGCUAUAAAUUCAGCGAUAAAAAGAAUUCAUUGAUAUUCGAGCAAAUAUUGAACGAUGUGUCAACAGAAGAAGGAAGACAAAGCAUUCGUUUAAAUUGUAAAUUACCUCAAUUAAAUUCACGCCUUGACAUCAAAUGGUAUCGAAAUAACGAAGAAAUUCUUAUCGAACAAAAACGUGAGAAAUAUCGUUUCACGAAAGCUUAUAAUCGCUUAUGUUUGGAAAUAUUAAACCUGACUAUUGAUGAUGCCGGUACUUACGAAUGUAAAGUUAAAACUUCAAAUGCCGACACUUCUACAAAAUGCAAUGUUUACGUUAACAAAAACGAAAGCAAAACUUACUCAGGAAACCAACAAAAAGAAUGGAAUAAUUUCACCAGCGAGUCUGAUAAUAAUAUCGUUGAAAGCACAAAUAAAAUUCUCUUAGACCGUACUUCAGUUGAUACAAACACUUUCAUUAGAGGAUCAUCAUCAGGAUUUUGUGAAUCUAAUUCAUCAGCACAACGACCUAUUUUUGCGACUCCCCUAAGCGAUCGAACAAUAACCGAAAAUACUUCUUUUGUUAAAUUUACAUGUUCAGUUUUAUCAACCGAUUGUGAUAUUUCAUGGGAAAAGAAUGGCAUACCGAUACGACCAUCAUCAAAAUAUCGUCAAACAUUCUCAGAUGGGUUAGCAAUUUUAGAGAUAUCUAAUUUGGAUGAUGAUGAUGAAGCAAAGUAUAGUUGCAUCGCUUCAAAUAGGUUCGGUGAAUGUGUAACUUCGGCAAAGUUAAAAGUUUUUAGUGGAUUUAAACCAUCUGUUAACACUCCACCUGUUGUUACCCGCCAGAUGAAAGAAAGCUACAAUCUACAUAAUGAUGUAUUGACAUUGGAAUGUCGUGUAAGAGGAACGCCUAAACCACACGUUCAGUGGAUGAAAGAUGGCGAUUAUAUAAUCCCAGGUGACAAAUACGAACAGUGCGAACUUUCUGAUGGUACAUGUAAAUUGAUUAUUGCGACACCUGACCCUGAAGAAGAUUCCGGAACUUACACAUGCGAGGCAGAAUGUAAUGGUUGCAGUGAUAGCAUUAGUCAUAAUGUUCAAUAUGAGGGCUCUGUUGAGAAUCAAUUUAAUCGUAUGCAUCGUUAUUACCAUCGUGACCCUCUCAAGCCAUACUUCAAGACAGGGCUUACUGAUUGCAAUAUUUCAUCUGGUGGAACAAUCGCUUUGUUUAUUGAAACAGCCCCAAAUUGUGAGGCAGAAUGGUUCCGCGAUAGAUGGACGAUUGACCACAAACCACCAAAGCGUUAUAUCUUCAAUGAUGGAAACGGAUUUUUCGCUUGCGUUAUAAAUCAUGCGACAAUGGACGAGUCUGCUAAAUAUAUUUGUAAAGUUACGAAUUCUUAUGGCACAUCACAGUCAUCAUCAUAUGUUGAUAUUAUUAAUCCAAACAGUGUUGGAAAAGGCCAAAAGCCGCCAACAUUUUUGACUCGACCACAAACUGAAAUUAAAAUCCGUGCUGGUGACCCAUUUUCAAUGUCGUUUAGAGUUCAAGGAGAACCUAAACCAAGAAUUCAAUGGUUCAAAGGGGCAAGAGAAAUAACGAACGCUGGAAGAACAAUCAAAGAAGUUUUCAAUGAUUACGUCAGAUUUUCUAUUAAGGAAUCAAAGGAGAGUGAUUGUGGUAUCUAUUUCAUUGUAGCACGCAAUAAACAUGGUGUAGACAGAGCUUUCUGUCAGGUCACGGUCAGAGAAAGGCAGGGAGUAACUGAUGAUAACAAUCUGUCACCAAACAUCGAGAUUACCGAUGCUUUAUAUUUGAAAAUUACACUUUCAUUUAGCAACAAUCAUGUAAGUUUGUCUUGGAUGAAGCCAUUAUGUCAUGAUGCAGCGCCUGUUAUUAGUUAUCGUGUGGAUGCAUGGCUUGUAGGAAAAGAAGGGGAUGCAUCAUGGAAAGAAAUCGGAACAUCCCCAAUAGCAAGCUUUGAUGUAUUCAAUUUAAAACAUGGUUGUGAAUAUCAUUUCCGAGUCACGCCUCGAAAUCGUUAUGGGUAUGGGCCUUCAACGCAAACAACAUAUCCAAUUAUGUUCGGGGAUGUUGUCAAAUUACCGGAAUUCACAAAAAUUUUGCCGGGUCAACUCAAAGCACUUAUCAAUAAUGACAUUACUUUAGAAUGUGUUGCAAUGGGUUCGCCUCGCCCGACAAUCAUCUGGUAUAAAGAUGGUAUUCGAAUUGAUGGCAACGAGAAACGUGUCAUAUCUAUAAUGGGACCACUUUGUCGUUUAACUAUUCAUAACAUCAGUGAAAGUGACAGUGGGAGGUAUACAUGUGAGGCGUCAAACAAAGAAGGUCGAGUUUCAACCUUUGCUCGCCUACAAAGUGUAUCAGAUCCGAAAUUAUUCGAAGCUGAUACAAAAUUAAAGAAGAACAUAGAAACUGAUAUAGAAAAUCUGGAUGAAAUGUUGCCACAAUUUACGAUGCGUUUGAGAGAUCGUCGUGUACAAUGUACUUAUCCAGUUCGAUUAACAUGUCAAGCUUUGGGUGUUCCAAGUCCCGUAGUUACCUGGUAUAAAGAUGGUGUUAAAAUUGAAGAAGAUGAAAGAAUUGCAUUCUUGCAAGAAGAUCAAUUCAGUACACUUGAAAUAUCAAGAACAUAUCUGGAAGAUUGCGGACAAUAUACCGCAUCUGCUCAAAAUGAACUUGGUUCAGUAUCAUGUCAUUGUAACUUAAUUGUCGAUAAAGGUAUUCGUGCUUAUAUCGCGCCAGAGUUCUUGAAAACUUUAGACUUAGCUUACACAUGUAAUGAAGAUGGAGAAAUCUUCUUGCAAGCUCAAGUGGAAGCUUAUCCAGCAGUUGGUGUGACGUGGCAUCUUAAUGGUCUUCGAUUACGACCUAGUCGAAGGAUAAUAGCUUCUUUAGAAACUGACGGAUUAAUAACUUUGAAUAUUAGUGAAGUAACAAUUAAAGACGCAGGAGUGUAUACAUGUGUAGCAUCAAAUGCAGUCGGACGUAUUGAAAGUACUUGUAGAGUUCAUGUUAACGAAAAUGUUAAUAAAAAGCUUAACAUACCGUCCAUUGUCAGCCCUGAUACGCCAUAUUCAAAAGAACCUAUGUUCUUAACAAAGCCACGUUCGAGCGAAGCAUUUGAAGGCGACACUGUUAUCAUUAUGUGUGAAGUUAUUGGUGAUCCCAAACCCGAAGUUGUUUGGCUGCGAGAUUUCUUGAAACCCGAGUAUUACAAAGACGCCCCACAUUUUCGUAGUGUUAUUGGAAAUGAGUCAGAAUAUCGUUUGGAAAUACCACAAGCUAAAAUAGAUUAUACAGGAACUUAUUCAGUGAUAGCCACAAAUUGUUAUGGACAAACAAAAGCUAUAAUUUCCCUCCAGAUUUACGCAAAAGACAUAAAUAAAGGCAGUUCUAUGGAUGCGGGAUCUAUAAUUCAUGGAAACGUUGAAACAUUACCGCGAGUCAUAAAACACUUAAAAGAUUUAAGAUGUUGUGAUGGUGAUGCGGUGACGUUGGAAUGUCACAUCCAAGGCGAACCUGAUCCUAAUGUAUUCUGGGAAAAAGAUGGAAAAAUUAUUCAUGAUAAAUCAGUUGAUUAUCGUCAAUCAUUUGAUGGUCGCAGAGCAAAAUUGUCAAUUUCAAGAGUUUUUCCAGAAGAUGAAGGGCAAUAUUGUCUCGUUGCAUCAAAUAGCAUGGGUCGUGUGAAAAGCAAAGCUUGUAUAAUAGUUGAUAUACCAGAAGAAAAAGAAAAUUUACUUAAUCGAACGCUAUCACGACCGAUGACAUUCUUAUCACUUAACUCAACUCCACAUUCUACUCCAAGAUCAACACCAGCACGUAGCAUGUCACCACUUUCCUUGCAUGCAUCAACAUUGAAAGCAAGUAAUAACAUAAGUCAACGACAAAGACGAUAUCGCUUUGCUGCACCUAAAUUUUAUUCAGUUCCCCAUAAUCGUGUUUGUGAAGAAGGCGAAACUGUGAGAUUCCAAUGUGCCAUUUCUGGUCAUCCAAUUCCAUGGUCGACUUGGGAUAAAGAUGGAAUUAUUGUUACACCAUCACAGAGAUUCACAAUCAAAGAGCGUGAUGAUUUAAGAUAUCUCGAAAUUGAAGAAGUGUGCUAUGAAGAUGCUGGACUUUAUCGUAUAACUUUGGAGAAUGAUUAUGGUAGGAUUGAAGCAACAGCUCGUCUAGACAUUAUAAAAACACACAAAACAUUACGAAGAGGUAUUCGUGCAUCAAGUGCACCAACAAGAUCAUCGAGAAGCAUGUCAAGGAGAAUUAUGGGUUACAGUACGAAAAUUGGCGGUCGAAUGGCUCUUGCAACACAAAAGCGAGCGUCUUCAAUCCCUUCUAAAAAAAUGGUUUUCCUUAAUGGCUACGAUGUAACAAAUCAUGAACGAUUAUCGAUAAGCGAAAAUGAAAAUGAAAUCUUGAUUGAAGUACAUGACGUUAAAUCUUAUGAUGAGGGUGAAUACACAUUGAUGUUGGAAACUGACGAUUUUGUUUUGACAACAAGCACAUUUGUAAAAGUUUAUCAUGAAAAUGAGAAUGAUAUUGAAAAAGUUCCACCAACAUUAAAACAGCCAUUAACAAAUAUUACAAGCAUAGAAGGAAUACCUUUAGAUUUAACUUUUAUGAUAGAUUGCAACAUACCUUUUGAUUAUCUGUGGCAGAGAAAUGGCGAAACUAUUUUGAAUUGUGAUGACUUCAUUUACAUUGAUCAUGGAAAAGGAGUAUUAACAUUGAGAAUCACAGACCCAUUCAUCUUUGAUAGUGGAAAUUACUCGUGUACUGUAACGACGCCUUAUGGCGACUGUACGACUUCCUGUGACAUUGAAAUCGAAGAACCUUUUGACAACAUUUCUCAUAUAAUACCAGAAUUUGUGAAAGCUCCGCUUCCAACUGUUGCCUUUCCUGGUAAUUCAGCAUCGUUUUGUGCUCGCGUGUCUCCAGUUGAUUCAAUUGUUCAAUGGAGUGUAUCUGGUGUGGAUAUUACAGAUGACGAUAAAGAUUUUGUGAUUGAGCGAUUAGAAAGCGGAAUUAAUUUGUUACAUCUUUUAAAUGUUCAGCAUCAUUUAAGUGGUGAAGUGAAAUGUUGUGCAACAAGUGCAAUAGAUCCAAGAAUAUUUAGUGUUUAUCACACAAAUUUGACAGUCUUACCAUUACCUUUGAAACAAAAAUCAGAUCGACUUGAAACAUCCUUAACGAACCUUGAAAAUAAAUCUAGCCUCGUUCACGAUUUAACUGCAUACAUAACCAAAAGACCAGACGAUCUUACCGUCCUUGUUGGCGAUUCUAUUCAAUUAUAUGUUGAGUUUGUCGGGUUUCCAGAACCUAAAGUACGGUGGAUGAGAGCAGAACGUUCAAUUGAGAAUGAUUCAAACACAAUAAUUAUAACUAGAAAUGGUCAAUCAAAACUGAGUAUUAACAACAUUACAUCAGAUCAAGGCGGAAAAUACAGUGUUGAAAUUAUGAAUGAGCAUAGUCAAGAUAUUGCUUCAGUUUCAGUUGCUGUUGAAGGAAUUCCUGAUGCACCAACAGCUCUGAGUAUUUCUAAAGGUUUAGAUAGAAUUGCGGUUGCAUGGUCAGGGCCACCUUACGACGGAGGUUGCAUGAUUUUAGGAUUUUUACUUGAAAUGCAACAAAAUGAAAACAAGUGGCAAGAAAUAAUUGAAGUUGCUGAUUCCUUGGCAUAUACUGUGAAAAAUCUCGAUUGUGGUGUUAGAUAUAAAUUUCGAGUACGUGCAAAAAAUGUCCAUGGUUAUAGUCUACCAAGUAACCCAACAGACGAAAUUAUUUUAUCACCACCGAAAGAAAUCAAUGAAAUGACGAGAAUGCCUCAUGUUCGAUCUGGUGGCAACUUUCGAGAGCGUUUUGAAAUUCUUGAAGAACUUGGAAAAGGUCGUUUUGGCGUUGUGCACAAGGUGAUUGAAAAGGAAACUGGUGUCGCUCUUGCAGCUAAGUUUAUCAAAUGUAUAAAAUCAUUGGAUCGUAAAAAGGUUCAAGAUGAAAUAAAAGUUAUGAAAUCUUUACAUCAUCCCAAACUUCUUCAACUGUCCGCUUCAUUUGAGACACAAAAGGAAAUUAUCAUGGUCAUGGAAUAUUUAACAGGUGGAGAACUUUUUGAACGCGUUGUUGCUGAUGACUUUACACUAACCGAACGAGAUUGUAUUUUGUUUAUUCGACAAAUUUGUGAAGGUGUUGAUUACAUGCAUGGGAAAUCCAUAGUACAUUUGGAUCUUAAGCCUGAAAAUGUAUUGUGUUACGAAAAAAUGAGCCAUGAGAUAAAAAUAAUUGACUUUGGCUUGGCUCAAAAGUUAGAACCGAAUAAACAAGUUCGUGUGCUUUUUGGAACGCCUGAAUUCAUCCCACCAGAAAUAAUAAACUAUGAGCCUAUAGGACUACAGUCAGAUAUGUGGAGUGUGGGUGUCAUCUGUUAUGUACUUUUGUCGGGCUUAUCUCCAUUUAUGGGAGAAACAGAUGUAGAUACGUUUGCAAAUAUUACACGUGCAGAUUAUGAUUUUGCUGAUGACGCUUUUGAUGCAGUUUCGGAUGAAGCAAGAGAGUUUAUUGCAGCAUUACUUGUUCAUCGGAAAGAAGAUCGAUUAACAGCUAAACAAUGUCUUAAUUCAAGUUGGCUUUCGCAGCAUAAUGAUGGCAUGGGAAACACAAAACUGAGUACAGAUAAAUUGAAAAAGUUUAUAAUCCGCAGAAAGUGGCAGAAAACUGGAAAUGCAAUACGAGCUCUUGGUCGCUUGGCAACAUUAUCAGCUUCUCGCAAAUCUUCUGCUACAAGUCCCCCAAGACCACUUGCCGCAAGAGAAGUGAAAACGGAGAACAAUACUUUGAUAGCUUCUCCAUUAUCAAAUAUAUCGGAACAAGAUAUAAAGAUCGACUCUUCUGUAAAUCUAAAUUCAUCUGAGAAAAUGUGUAAAAGUCACCAAACUUGUUCUGAACGUAGUGACUCUGGUUUCAGUGAAGGGCCUAACAGUUCCGCAGUCAAUUCAACAUCUAAAAGCAAUUUGAAUUUAAAUAAAUGUCCAACGAUUACAAAGGAAAAAAACGAUAAAUCGUUGAAAUCAAACACUUUGAUUGUGAAAGAUUCAUCAAUCAACGACAAUCAAAAUUUAUUAUCAAUCAAACAUGUUUCAAGAUAUAAUCUUGAAGAAAAGGAAGAUUUGAGAAGUGAAGUCGACAAACGUAAGCAAUCUUUACUGAAAAAUAAUAAUAGUAAAGUUUUACAUUCCAAGCAUGCUUAUGAUUUCGAAAGCUUAAAGAAAAGCAGUAAAGUUUCGCUUUUGAAAGGAAAAUUUGAAAGCAAAAAAUCGAUUUCCUCAAUAACCGGCUGUAAGAUAAAAUUGACAGAUAAAAAAGAUGCACCUUCAACGAAAAUCGAAUCGAAUUCAACGACAUUUAGAAGAUCUACGUUAUUUGAUCUUUGCUUUUAUUCGGCUAUUAUUGAAUCAUAUAUAUUAGCAUUACAAACUUAGAUAUCCUUUUAUUUCUUCAAGUAAUAUAUAUUUAGAACGACAUAUAGACAUGUUUAGCCUCUGGGAUGUCUAUGCUAUUAAGUCAUAUCAAUAAAUUAUAUGGCCAAUGAAUAUCCAUCAUAGUUAUCGUUAUAUUAUAUUUACAUAUAACGGAAUAUCAACAGAUGCUUAACAAAAUGUGAUUUAUCACAGAAUAAGUUUAGAAGCAUCCCUUAUUAUAUUCUUUUGGGUGAGAACUUUUAAAGUUGAAAACUUUUUAAGCUAAUACUUUUCUUAUUUCAUACUUUUGUUACUUAAUACAAUUACGAAAUUCAUUGUGUUCGUUGUAACAAAAAUCUUUUAUGUAGAUAGUUACCUUGGACAUUCAACAACUUUGAAUGUCAGAAUUUUAGCUUUUAAAAUUAAAAACUUUAACUAACGAAGAUUUUAAUCCUCGGAUUUUGCCAAACACUUUUUUUCUUUAAAGAUUUUUAAGGGAAAACAUUUUUAAUCAAACGAUUUGUAUGUAGUGAAGGAAAAAAUGAAAUUGUAAAUUUAUAUGAACGAAAAUUUAAAAAUGUAUAAAUCAUUACUAAAAAUUAUAUAAAAAAAAAUUGACAAAAUAAAUUUUUUGAGUAAAUUUGAAUACA